GAUUUAUCGUCCUUCCCCCCGCUCCAUCACUAAACAAAGCCAAAAAAAGUGCCCUUAACCGAAAACUCGCGGGUCCGUGGGUCCCUGCUCUUGGAGAGCAUCCCCGUGUCCCCAGCGUAGAAGUGGUGGGAUUUUACGAGGCCGCCCUAAAGCCGCGUACUCUGUUCCUGCUGGCAUGCUUCUCCUCGGGGAUGUGUGUUAACUCUUUAGCGUACGUGUGGAGUAGCGUUUCCUCGGCAAAGGUGAGUUUGACUUGUCACGGCUCAGCUGUCCAGGGAGGUGCAGGCAGCAAACGGUGAUGGUCACUUUCUUCCUCCUUUAGUGGGACAAACAUGGUACCCUGUUAAGUCCUUUAAUUCAUAUUUGCUUUGAAACCAGCCGCUCAUUUUGGGUCAGCUAAAGGUCGUGUGGUCGGUUGUGUUCUGGCUAAUGCCAAGCACACCAGACCUGGGAAAAAAAAGAGUAACGCGUCCCAAAGUGGUGAAAGAGCCUCAGUCUUUCUGUAGUAACUACCGGCCUCUGUUAAACAGAAAUUCAUGGAAAAAGUAUUUUCACUGAAAUGCAAGAGAUGCUUGUAUACUCCUAGCAACCAAGCUUGUUUUCUGAAUAUUCAUCUUAAAGGUUGAUACAAUUGUACUCAAAGCCUUUUAAAUUUCUGUUUAAAUUUCUGUGGCUAAAAAAAACCAUGACAUUGUAUUUCUUCCUGCAAAUUGUAAACAUUUCAUAUCUCUCUAAUGCUUUAUUAUUUUUUUUUUUAGAUUAAUAAAAUUACUGGGCAUUGUUAAGGAGCUAGAAUGGGAGUGAAAGGAGCUUUAAUUAUUUAGUCCCAAUUAGGUAUUUUUAAUAUAGAAACAUGGGAUUAGUUUGGGUCUUGUUUUUGAAGUUGUAGGAAUUCCGCUGGUCAUAAGAAACAGGAAUUAAUCUUGUUAUUUGAGUAUUUCCUCUUUUCUGAUGGUAACACUUGAUGAAAAUAUUGAAGUUCAAAAUGGCUUAUUUUAGCUUUUAACUAAUUGCUAAUUGCUUUAAAUUAGUCUGUGGAUCUUAAUAAAUAUUUUGACUGUAAUCUAUCAUUUGGAUUCUGUAGCUUUUCUCUUGAUUGUCCAGCUUGAACUGGGACUACCAGAGUGUGGUAUGCUAAUGCAAGUCAUUGGUAUGAAAGUUGAUUUUCUUAUCUCCUCUGUAAUCUAAGAGUUUUACAACUACUUGCGUGGUGCUUAUUUUUAAAACUUCACCAUUUUCUCCAGGUUUAAGUUUGUUUUAUCAUACAAGUUCCUCCCUGCCAUAAUGAGGCUAGUAAUUCUUGAAGAUUAUGAUCAGGCUAGUGAAUGGGCAGCCAAAUACAUCUGUAAUCGUAUUAUCCAGUUCAAGCCAAGUCAAGGAAGAUAUUUCACGCUUGGUCUACCAACAGGGAGUACACCUUUGGGAUGCUACAAAAAGCUGAUAGAAUAUCACAAAAAUGGAGAUCUCUCUUUCAAAUAUGUAAAGACUUUCAACAUGGAUGAGUAUGUAGGGCUUCCCAGAAAUCAUCCAGAGAGCUAUCACUCCUAUAUGUGGAAUAACUUCUUUAAGCAUAUUGACAUAGAUCCGAAUAAUGCUCACAUCCUUGAUGGGAAUGCACCAGACUUACAGGCGGAAUGUGAUGCAUUUGAAAAGAAAAUUGAAGAAGCAGGGGGGAUUGAUCUUUUUGUUGGAGGCAUUGGUCCAGAUGGCCACAUUGCAUUCAAUGAACCCGGAUCAAGUUUGUCUUCAAGGACAAGAUUAAAGACUUUAGCGAUGGACACCAUUUUGGCAAAUGCUAAAUACUUUGAUGGAGACUUAUCUAAAGUACCAACUAUGGCGCUAACAGUUGGUGUGGGUACAGUGAUGGAUGCUAGAGAAGUGAUGAUUCUUAUAACGGGUGCGCACAAGGCUUUUGCAUUGUACAAAGCAAUUGAAGAAGGAGUCAAUCAUAUGUGGACAGUUUCUGCUUUCCAGCAACACCCUCGCACUAUCUUUGUGUGUGAUGAAGAUGCUACUUUAGAACUAAGAGUUAAAACUGUGAAGUACUUUAAAGGAUUUAAAUAUUCUUCAUUAAGUAAGACAGAAGCAAUACUUUGUAACCAUUUUUCAUGCAUCUAGGAAGUGAGUAAUUAUUUCCUUUUAAUUUCCCCUUUUUAGAUGAGGAAAAUAUUGGUAGAAAGUUAAAUGUUUUAAAGCUCACAGCAUGUUUCUAGUUUGCAUAGUGUAUGCAGCUGUUACUCUUUCUGGACAAAUGACUUUUAUGUCAAAUGUGUACUUAAGUUUUUGUAAACGGUUAAACUGAAAAAAAUAUUAGACUUGAUCUAACAUCUGUAUUUUAUAUUAAAUAAUCACAUAGUGAUUAGUAAUAGAUGCUGCAUAAGAUGCCUUUUUUAUGGUCACCUACAGUAAUGACCUUAAGACUGUAUAGUUAACUCAAAUUUCAUGUUGCUGCAGUGACAUUAAGGUUGCCACCAGCUGCAUCAUUUAGCAAAGGUAUUUGAAUAUUCUUUGCCACAGACACUAAAAUACACAGUACUGUGAGAUUUCUUUCAUGGUUUUUAAGAGAACUACUUUUAGUGUUACAUAUUUUAAUUUUAGAAGCUAAAUCUUUAGUUCAGUACUAAAAUGGACUUUUACUUUGCAGAUUGUGAGCACUGAUCAUUACUGUUAUUAGUCCUCAAGGUGAAAUGAGGUUAAAAACCUGCCAGUGAUCCAAUGUCAUACAUACCUAGAUGUAGGUAACAUUUUUACUAAGUUAGAGCAAAGUUAAGAAGGAAGCAUCUUUUUUAUUAAUUGCACUUCAGUAUUUUUUAGAAUUAAAGUAGUUGAAGAGGAAACCCCCUAAUCAUAGCUAUGGAGGACUUGAAAUGACCAAAAAAAAAGCCCGUUAAAACAGAAAACAGUUGAACUGCUGAAAAUAAGUCUGCACUAAGAGUCUGGAUAAUUUAAUUUGAUUUUUCCUGUCUAGGACCACAAGUACAUGACUAUUACAAAGACAGUAUUACCAUAAUGCUAGAACAUUGCAAAAGAACUCAAGAUAUAAAAGCUUCACUAUGUGUACAUCUGAUUUUUAUGGCAAAUUGUGCUGUGAGUGAAUUAUGUUGCUGUUAGACAGUUUUUAAAACACAGAAAAAAGAUGUAUUCAGUUCAUUUGGAAGUAUUCCAGAUGUGCUUUUUGGGUCUGUUAUCAGAGAAUUGUCUGGUCCCUGCUCAGCUGACACUGAAUAUGUCAUUAGUAUGCAAGUGAUACAGGAAUAUAUCUGCUGUCUCUGAUUCUGAACUACUUUAAAUAGCCAUUGUUGUUCUCUUCAAUUAACUAUUUAUAAUGUAUACUUUGAAGCAAAUUCCAAAUAAAAAUGUGGAUAGAAGGACAUGUUAACAAGUAUAACUAAUGUAAAGCUGGCGUUGUUGCUUUCCCCCCAAGGUUUAAUGCAUGUGCACAAUAAGCUUGUGGACCCACUGUACAGUAUGAAAGAAAACUGAAAGAAGACUGAAGAGGAACUCCAUGUGGGUCAGCAGCCACAGUUUUAGGUAGCAGAUGAGUUCACUGCUAUGCAAUAUGCUGAAAACUGUUUAAAAUGGCAAAUCCUAGGUACUGUAUUUUUAAAAAGGUCCAAUAUCUGUACAUUCACAUUCCAUCUGUUUGCUGUGUUGUGCAUUUUGCUUGAACAUUUGGAGCUCUGCUGUUGGCUGGUUCAUCACUAAACGAAACACAACAAACUUGGGAGAGACUGCAUGUUACGUAGAUAGGGGAAAAGCAGAGCACUUGCUCUAGCACAGCUAUGUAUUGCAUCUGCCUCAUUUUAGAGAUGAUGACACUUCAUUUCUCAGAAUUCUUAAUUUUUGGCUUGGUUAGUGUAACUACAUUUUGCAUUUGUGUCUCUAGGCAGAAAGGUUUUGGCCUUUGUUAAUACUAUGGACUUGUAAUAGUUGUACAAUUUCUACUAUGAAAUGUUGUGUUUACAUAUAUCUAAUGUACACUGAGCUUUUGCACUUGGUUGCCUUAAAUUUGUCUUAAACAGUUUUUGGGCAUCUCAAGUCCUGCUGUAUAUUUCAGGCAAAUGAAGAUACAAAAACUGUGCCUAAAAACGCACCAAAUUCUUCAAAGUUACAACUUGCUCCUUGGAUAAAAACAUUAAACUUCCAACAAUAGCACUUUUUCUUCUCAUGUACUUCAAAUCACUUUAGGAUUUUUGUAUUUUUGGUAAUCAAGCUUUAUACAGAAGGAGUACAAUCUCAAUGUUCCUUCCUGGAGGUACCUGGUCAAUUAUAUAACUGAUGUUACAAUUAAAUGCCUGAAAAGAGGUUAAUUUACAGGACCUAUAAUGUCUGCAAAUGAUCAUUUAAAGCCAGCUGUUAAUCACUUUUUCAUUGUAUCAUUAUAAACAUUGAGCUGUUACAAGGAAUGUUAUUUCCUACUUUGAAUAUAAGUAAAACUUAAAUAUAAAUCUCUUAA